GAUGAGCACACCCGGCAGCCGCUGCAGUGAUAAAGUGGUCAAGCAAAAUGGAGACCCAGGAGAUAACCUCUCUGUGUUUAGCAACACACAGACCCCAGCAGGCAGUGCUGAAACAAGGCUGAUGUUUGCCUUUAAGAAAGACACUCACACCAGGAAGGCUUACCUGGCAGGGAGAGAGUGCUACAGCGAGGAAGGGAAGACCUUUGAACUGUGUCUGGUUCAAAAAAUAAAACAACAGCAAAGCGCUGAUCCCACUUCUCGUCCGGGGUAUCCCUCCUCUCUUGGUGUGAGAGAAUUCAUAAGAAGAGGCACGGAGGUCGCUUUAGGGAAGAGCUCCCGAGCUGUAGUGGAGGAUCGGGUGAUGGGUGUCCAAACUCCUGGUUUUACCGCUGCAGUUCGUCUCGGAGCUGAGCUCCUGAGACACUGGUAUGCUGCCCCUGCCGUUUGGUGUGGGCCUGUCUACCUGUCUUCCCCGUGCGAUGACUCAUUGGCCGGUAUCUUCCAGGCAGCAGGCAUCCAAGAUAUCCGUGAGUAUUAUUACUGGGACCACAAGAGGCGUUGCAUUUGUUUGGAGAAGCUUCUGGAGGACCUGGCGGAGGCUCCUGAGCAAAGUGUUGUUGUUCUGUCAGCAUCUGCCCACUAUCCUACCGGAGCUGCGCUCUCUCAGAACCAAUGGGCUCAGAUUGCAAAUGUCAUCAUGGGGCGUAGGCUUUUCCCUUUUUUCUUGCUGCCACCUCAGGCCCUCUGCUACGGGGACCUGGAGCGGGGGGUCUGGCCUCUUCAGUACUGUGCGUCCCAGGGGAUGGAGCUCCUCUGUGCUCAGUCGUUCUCCCACUGCUUCGGGCUAUAUGGUGAGGCUGUCGGGCACCUUCUGUGCGUCUUGAAGCAGAAAUCCCUCCUGUUUCCCAUGGAGUCUCAAGCCGCCAAAAUAGUGAGGCUGCUCUGGGCCCAGCCAUCCGCAGGUGGGGCACACAUUGUUGCCACGGUCCUCAGUAACCCUGCCCAUCUCGUUGAAUGGAAGGAGGAGGUAAAGCGCAUUGUGGAGAGAUGUAUGCUGAUCAGGGAAAUUUUGAGAGAAAGGCUGAGGCUUCUGGGAACUCCGGGUUGUUGGGACCAUCUGACUCAGCAAGGCGGACUCUACUGUUUUACAGGCCUGAACGGUGAGCAGGUAGACUUUUUGUCUAGGAAGAGACAUGUGUAUCUGCUCCCCGGUGGCUGCCUAAAUGUGAGUGCAAUCAACAGCCGCAACCUGGACAAUAUCGUCGAGUCCAUUCAUCUGGCCGUCACCACUUCGUACUGA